CAACAGACGUCUAUAGGUACCGGCUACGAUCUGUCCAACUCCGUCUUUUCCCCCGAUGGCCGUAACUUCCAGGUCGAGUACGCGGUCAAGGCGGUCGAGAACGGAGGCACUGCGAUCGGCAUACGGUGCAAGGACGGCGUCGUCCUCGCCCUCGAGAAGAUUGUCUCUAGCAAGCUGCUCAAGCAAGGCGCCAACAAGCGGAUAGCUACCGUCGACAGGAACAUGGGCAUCGUACGUCACUCCGGUCUCGUCCCCGACGGUCGCCACUUCGUAGCGAGAGCCCGCGAUGAAGCCGCACAGUGGAGGAAUAUCUACAAGGCGCCCAUCAAGACGGCCACGCUCGCCAACCGCAUGGGCAGCUUCGUUCAGGCCUACACGCUCUACUCAUCCGUACGACCCUUCGGUGUGACUGCGAUUAUUGGUGGCUGGGACAGUGAGACAGAGGUGCCGGUUGAUGGCCAGGUGGGCUCUGGCCCUGCGGUUGGCGCGGGCGGCAAGAAGGAGGGCGUGAAGCACGGUGGCCCGUACCUUUACAUGGUGGAGCCGAGCGGACUGUACUGGGGCUACUACGGUGCGGCGACGGGCAAAGGCCGACAGGCCGCCAAGGCGGAGCUCGAGAAGCUCAACCUCACCGAAGGCGAGCUCUCGCUCGAGCAGGGCGUGAAGGAAGCGGCCCGCAUCAUCUACUUUGCGCACGAGGACAGCAAGGACAAGGAAUUCGAGCUUGAGAUGACGUGGAUCAGUUCGGCCGAUGGCCCGACCAAGGGCCGCCACGAGGAGGUCCCCAAGGCGUUGCGGGAGGAAGCCGAGAAGCUGGCCAAGAAGGCGUUGGAGGGUGAAGAUGAGGACGAGGAGUCGAAGCCCGAGGGCGAGCGAAUGGAGGAGUAGACGAGUCGGCAUGGCUCGUGAGCGAUAGUUAUGAAAGAUAUGCAUGCGUAGAGUCU